CAGCUUGCGUCAACAAAACGUGCGUCGCACAUCCACGGUUUGGCGUUUGGUCGCUGUGUGUACCAACAAGAGAGAAAGUGAUAAAUUAACAAAAAUAAACUUUACAUUAAAUUUAGAGCAAGUGGAACGAUAUGGAUGACGAAGAGGAAACAUACAGGCUAUGGAAGAUUCGUAAAACCAUCAUGCAGCUGUGUCAUGACAGAGGCUACCUGGUGACACAGGACGAGUUGGAUCAGACACUGGAUGAGUUUAAGAGUCAGUUUGGAGACAAGCCCAGCGAGGGUCGCCCCAGGCGCACAGACCUCACUGUGCUGGUGGCACACAACGAUGACCCAACCGACCAGAUGUUUGUUUUCUUUCCUGAGGAGCCCAAGGUGGGAAUCAUUGUUGUUCAAAUGGAACAUCAAAUCAUUGUUGUUCAAAUGGGCAUGACACCGUCAGCCAAACAGUCUCUAGUUGACAUGGCACCCAAAUAUAUAUUGGAACAGUUUCUACAGCAGGAGCUGCUUAUUAACAUCACAGAGCACGAGCUUGUUCCAGAGCACAUUGUGAUGACAAAAGAGGAACUGACUGAACUUCUGGCAAGAUAUAAAUUAAAGGAGAGUCAGUUGCCUAGGAUCCAGGCUGGGGACCCUGUGGCUCGCUACUUUGGCUUGAAAAGAGGACAGGUAGUAAAGAUCAUCAGACCUAGUGAAACAGCUGGGAGGUACAUCACAUACAGACUGGUGCAGUGACAGACAGAUACUCUUCAGGAUCAACAUUCAGGAGGACCAGUGAAAGAAACUGACAAUGUUAAGCUUUCAUCGCUCAUCCUUCGGCUUUCGACUUGUUUAAAUUGUAGUUUCUUUUGUAAUUACUUAUUUUUUAAAAUAAACUAUUAAAUGGAAUCAAAUAUUGUA